AUGUCUCCCACCUCACCUGUUGAUGCACCGCAGCAUAUCAUGCAACUCCUCAGCAGCCUCCACAAACGGUCCUUGGAACAGGAAGCGGUGAUUUCGAAGAGUGGUAGAGUAUUCUCUGCCAAAGUCCUAGGGGACCUUGAAGACCAAUUUCCAAGCGGUAAUUCGGCAGCCGAUUUUGACCAGCUGAUGCUGGAUAAGUUUAUCGCACUCGACGAAGACAAAUGCCAAUUCACGUAUCAACUGAUCAACGUCAUGGGAGCAACCAACAUCGUUGAGGCUGGGACCAGCUUUGGCGUCAGCACGAUAUACCUAGCACUCGCUGUUGCCAAUACGAAAGCUGCCACGGGAAAGCCUGGCCGGGUAAUUGCAACGGAAAAAGAGUUGGAGAAGGCAAAAAUAGCAAGGCAAUAUUGGACUGAGUGUGGUACCAGCGUUUCAGAGCAGAUUGAACUCAGAGAAGGGGACCUGCUGGAAACCCUCAAAGCCAAUCUCCCCAAAGUUGACCUACUUCUCCUCGAUAUCUGGUCGGCCCUUGCACUCCCGACACUCAAGCUCGUUCAACCUCACCUUCGAUAUGGCGCGGUGGUGCUCACCGAUAACACCAUCUCGGGUGCCGAGGGUUAUGCAGAUUUACUGGCAUAUUUCCAAGAUCCAGAAAACGGCUUCCACAAUAUGACACUUCCAUUUUCCAAUGGGUUCGAAAUGAGUGUUUAUCUUCCAAGGAGACAAUAA